UGGGGCGGGGCGGCGCGGUCUGGGUGACUUUCUCCCCGCUGACCCUCUUUUGUCUCCUCCCCGCGUGGUUCCCAGGCCGAGGAGGGGACAGCGCCGUGCGUCAGCUCCAGGCUUCCCCGGGGCUCGGCGCGGGGGCCCCCCGCAGCGGAGUGGGGACCGGCCCGCCUUCCCCCAUCGCCCUGCCGCCUCUCCGGGCCAGCAACGCUGCCGCCGCAGCGCACACGAUCGGCGGCAGUAAGCACACAAUGAAUGAUCACCUACAUGUUGGCAGCCACAGCCACGGGCAGAUCCAGGUUCAGCAGCUGUUUGAGGAUAAUAGUAACAAGCGGACAGUGCUCACAACACAACCAAAUGGGCUUACAACAGUGGGCAAAACGGGCUUGCCGGUGGUGCCGGAGCGGCAGCUGGAGAGCAUCCACAGACGGCAGGGGAGCUCCACCUCUCUGAAGUCUAUGGAGGGCGUGGGGAAGGGGAAAGCCGCCCCCAUGACCCCCGAGCAGGCAAUGAAGCAAUACAUGCAAAAACUCACCGCCUUCGAACACCAUGAGAUUUUCAGCUACCCUGAAAUCUAUUUCUUGGGUCCAAACGCAAAGAAGCGCCAGGGCAUGACAGGCGGGCCCAACAACGGUGGCUACGAUGAUGACCAGGGAUCGUACGUGCAGGUGCCCCACGACCAUGUGGCUUACAGGUACGAGGUCCUCAAGGUCAUCGGGAAGGGCAGCUUUGGGCAGGUGGUCAAGGCCUAUGACCACAAAGUCCACCAGCACGUGGCCCUGAAGAUGGUGCGGAACGAGAAGCGCUUCCACCGGCAGGCCGCAGAGGAGAUCCGCAUCCUGGAGCACCUGCGCAAGCAGGACAAAGACAACAGCAUGAACGUCAUCCACAUGCUGGAGAACUUCACCUUCCGCAACCACAUCUGCAUGACAUUCGAGCUGCUGAGCAUGAACCUCUAUGAGCUCAUCAAGAAGAAUAAAUUCCAGGGCUUCAGCCUGCCUUUGGUCCGCAAGUUCGCCCACUCGAUUCUGCAGUGCUUGGAUGCUUUGCACAAAAACAGAAUAAUCCACUGUGACCUUAAGCCCGAGAACAUUCUGUUAAAGCAGCAGGGUAGAAGCGGUAUUAAGGUGAUCGACUUCGGCUCCAGCUGUUAUGAGCAUCAGCGUGUCUACACGUACAUUCAGUCUCGCUUUUACCGGGCUCCGGAGGUGAUCCUUGGCGCCAGGUACGGCCUGCCCAUCGACAUGUGGAGCCUGGGCUGCAUUUUAGCAGAGCUCCUGACUGGCUACCCGCUCUUGCCUGGGGAGGACGAAGGGGACCAGCUGGCCUGCAUGAUUGAACUGUUGGGCAUGCCCUCCCAGAAACUGCUGGAUGCCUCCAAACGAGCCAAAAAUUUCGUGAGCUCCAAGGGUUACCCUCGCUACUGCACUGUCACCACUCUCUCCGACGGCUCCGUCGUCCUCAAUGGGGGCCGUUCCCGGAGGGGGAAGCUGAGGGGCCCGCCCGAGAGCAGAGAGUGGGGGAACGCACUGAAGGGGUGUGAUGACCCCCUUUUCCUCGACUUCUUAAAACAGUGUUUAGAGUGGGAUCCUGGGGUUCGCAUGACCCCCGGCCAGGCUUUACGGCACCCCUGGUUGAGGAGGCGGCUGCCGAAGCCUCCGACGGGGGAGAAGACGUCUGUGAAAAGGGUAACCGAGGGCACUGGUGCUAUCACUUCCAUUUCCAAGUUACCUCCACCUUCCAGCUCAGCCUCCAAACUGAGGACGAACUUGGUACAGAUGACAGAUGCCAAUGGGAAUAUUCAGCAGAGGACAGUGUUGCCAAAACUUGUGAGCUGAGCUGAGUCCCUGAGGCUGGUAAUCUGAAAGAUACGACGUUGCUGAGCCUUACUGGGUUGAAAAGGAGUAGCUCAGACCUGUUUUUAUUUGCUCAAUAACUCGACUCAUUUGUAUCUUUUCAGCACUUAUUUUAAUGUAAGAAAGUUGUUCAUUUUGUUUUUAUAAAAUACACGGGGACAAUGCUUUAAGUUUUAUACUUUCUGAAAUUUUUUGUGUUCUAAAAGUACGAUCCGCCUCACCGUAUUUAGUGCGGCAGAGUAAUAAACAUCAGUGGCAGGCCAUUGAUGGCUUCACGACUGCCGCGCUCUUACAGAUUGCUGUCAGAGACGUUCACUAUGUUUUCCUGGUUCGUAUUCUCCCCAAGGUGAUUGCCCCCGAUGGCCCCCUGCUCUCUGUGCUCCAGGUUCUUGCAAAGGUGCAGCGUGUCCUGUGCGUUUCCGUCAGUUAUCUGGGUCGUAGUGAUGGUGGGCGGAGAAUGGUCAGGAUGGAAAUGAUACUCUAAGAAAAACUGCACCUUGGAGAUUUUUUUCUUAAAGUCAUGCUCACACAAAGUGAAACCCCCCAGGUUUCAAUGACCAGUUCGCAUUCUGACAUCCUCAAAGCCAGCCAAGCAGACCUGCUGGAUAAUUGGAAAUGUGUGGGCUCCUCUAAAUUUUCUAACAUGAUUGGUGAGCUGUUGUGUAAAGAAGCCUCAUAUUACAGAAUUGGUUUUGCACCUGAGUUUAGAAAUGUGUUCCAUGAAUCCUCCCUUCUCUGCUUUUCUCCUCUCUGUUCCUCUUUUACCACCUGUUGCUUGCAUUUCAUUUUUUUUUUCCUUCAAAUAUAUAUCCCGGACUCUUAAUACAGAAGAGAGACAUUUCGGCUGUGAUUAUGAUCAUCGUUUCAUAUUCCAAUUAAAAAAAGAACAGCAGCCUAGCUACUUAAGGUGGGCAUUUCCAUAGUUCCAGAGAAGGUUCAGCAGGUGACAGUGAGUUCACACGUUUUAGGUGCCCUUGGAAGGUUCUCUAGCCUGGGAGAGCAUCAAUUCCUUCUUUAACGAGGAAGAGGGUUGAAAAUCCUCUUGAUGAACAGAAGUCAUUGUGGCUGUUCAGUAAGGCCGAUUUUAGCAACACAUUUAAAAGAGGAAAAGUUCAACCUCAAGUUAAAUGGUUUGACUUAUUCUUUGCAUCAUUAGAAGAACCGCAGAAAUUGCAUUCCUCUAUUUUACUUUACUUUCUUUUGGAUUGCACUGAUUGCUUUGUGGGAAUGACACUUUACCUGGAAAAGUAACUGAGAGUUAGGUAAAAGAAUAUUUUCUUCUUUGAAUAAUAAUUAUUUUCACAGUGAAAAUUUCAGUAUUUUAUCGCUAAGGUAUGAGCAGUGAUAUAUAUCAAUUUCAAGGCACGUGGAAAAAAUUUUUUAGUAUGUGCAAUUUAAUAUAGAAAGAUUUCUGCCUGUUUGGACAAUAGGUUUUGGGUAGUAUAAAUUAGGAUAAAUACUCUUUUAUAUGCACAGAUAUUAUUGUAUUGCCUGUAAAUUGAUUUACAAAUACUUAAAGCAUGGUCCCCUGUGAGGCCAAGAAAGUUUCCGGUUAAGCUCUUUUACUAUUAAUCCUACAGUUUCUCUUACUUAAAAAAAAAAAAAAAAUUAGUUUUGAACAAAAAACACUUUACUUAUCUUGAGGCUUUGUCAGUUGAUGGUGGAGAAAAAUGCUCAGGAAAUAUUACAGAUAUUUGCCAAAAAAA